AUGACCCAAACACAAGGAGCGGCCACAUGUUGGGAUAUCACUUGCAGCCGCCUAGUAAGCAAUGCCGAACCAUAUCUGAACACACGCGACAGGGAUACACAGAAUCCCGACCAGUUCAAUCCCGACAAGUUCUGCAGCUUUACCUGCCAAGAACAUCACAGGCAAAUCCGGCAUCUGCGCCGUAUCGAUCGGAUGAUCCACGUCUUCUCCCUCGAGUACAGCGAUACGACGAACUCGUUUCCGGCCAUAUCAGACAGGGUCGUCCACUAUGGAAGUGAGAGUCGGCGUGAAAUUGUCGCGCUCGAGAGGUACGACUACCCGGGCACGAGUUCCCUUCUCGAGGACAGCUUCCUCUCUCUUGGCGGAAAGCUGGCCUUUCUCUCUUUGAACAGUUGCACUACUGUCCUGGUGGUGUUUGCCGCCAUGAUUGCGUAUCUCUGCGAAGGUUCGUCUAUACUUCCAUCUCCCGUGAUGCGCAAUCACAAGCUCACUUUUUCAGACCUUCAUCCCUCGAUCGAGAUACACGAAGCUCAUAUCAAGAACGUGUUGUCAGAUCAAGAAGUACAUGUCCUUUACCUGACCGAACACGGAAGCCCUGUAAAGGUCCAUGUCGCCGAGGUGCACUCAAUGUUCCGGAUCACAACCACAAAGCAAGACAGUGCUAUUGUCCCAGCUGAACCCGCUUAG